GGGAAGCUGAGCUGAGCCUCCUCCUCCUCCCCGGCGCAGGGCCGCUGAUCCCGGGCAGCAGGGCCGGUGCCGGUGCCGGCGGGCGCGCCGACCAUGUUCAACGGGGAUGCCAGCUCCUCAUCUGCCAGGAAUGUGGUGCGCAGCUCCAGCAUCAGCGGCGAGAUGUACAACCUGGAGAAGAGCGCGCGCGGCAGCGCCGACUCCGUCUCCGUCACCGUCACCGCCAGCAAGAAGCGACGCUCCAGCCUGGGCGCCAAGAUGGUGGCGAUCGUGGGGCUGUCCCAGUGGAGCAAGAGCACCCUGCAGCUCAACCAGACCGAGGGGGGCCCCAAAAAGCUGCGCAGCACCAUCCGCAGGAGCACCGAGACCGGCAUCGCCGUGGAGAUGAGGACCAGGGUGACCCGGCAGGGCAGCCGGGAGUCCACGGACGGCAGCACCAACAGCAACAGCUCCGACGGCACGUUCAUCUUCCCCACCACGCGGCUGGGAGCAGAGAGCCAGUUCAGCGAUUUCCUCGACGGGCUGGGCCCGGGGCAGCUCGUGGGGCGGCAGACCCUGGCAACGCCCCCGAUGGGCGACGUCCACGUCGGCGUGGCUGACCGCAACGGGCAGCUGGAGGUGGACGUGAUCCAGGCCAGGGGACUCAUCCCAAAGAUGGGCUCCAAGUGCAUCCCUGCCACCUAUGUGAAGGUUUACCUGCUGGAGAACGGCGUCUGCCUGGCCAAGAAGAAGACCAAGGUGGUGAAGAAAACCUGCGACCCCUCGUACCAGCAGCCCCUGCUCUUCGAGGAGAGUCCCCAGGGCAAAGUCCUGCAGGUGAUCGUCUGGGGCGACUACGGGCGCAUGGACCACAAGUGCUUCAUGGGCAUGGCCCAGAUCAUCCUGGAGGAGCUGGAUCUCUCCAGCGCCGUCUCGGGCUGGUACAAACUCUUCCCAACCUCCUCCCUGGCCGACUCCAGCAUCGGACCCCUGACCCGCCGCCUCUCCCAGUCCUCCCUGGAGAGCUCCACCAGCCCCUCCUGCCCGUAGAGGCUGGGAUUGGGAAGGAGACAUCCAAGGAGACCUUGCAGAACUGGUCGUGGAGAGCUGCCUGCCUGUGCUCCCUCAGCUCCCUGGCAUUUGGGACAGAGCCCAAACCAGAGGGAA